CGUCACCGAAUCGACACUGACCGAGUUACCCAAUGUAGUAACAAGGGGGUAGGGGGGGCUGCCGCUGUAAGGUGAGCUGACCUUGACUACGACUGAGACAGAAAAAUCAUCGCUGGCUGGAUUACUUAUUUCGGUCUACGUGAGGCCGCCCGUAAACAAAAGAACUUGAAGAAUAAACCGGUAAUUUUAAUUAAGUCUAUGAGGGAUAUAUACAGCCAGCCAAUGCUAGAGGCAGAACGGUAGGUGUCGGUGUAAGUCAAAGAACGACGAGUAUCACCGAAAAAAGAAGACAGGGGAGGGGAUCAAGCGCAAAGGUGAGCGACCGAGCGAGCGAGAGCAAUCAAUCGUCAUCAUCAAUGCCCCAAUAAUACAAAGGAGAAAGAAAAGAAAAAAGCGGAUGAAAACGGGGUCGUUGAUAUGGGUACAGAUCAUGUAGUUGUCAGGUAUCUUUCUGGCGUGUUUCUGGCCGCGCUGGUACAGAGGGAGGAUUAAUACGGGCGAUGCUGGGAUCGGGAUCAUCAACAGGGCAGUGCUUGUAAAGGUUACAGAAGCCUCAGGUACCGGGCACGUUGGGCCCUUUGACCUUGGUUUAUGGUGCGCGGGCUCCCGUUUGAGGUGCCGGAUUUCCAUGCUUGUAAAUUUGGAGGCAUUUAUUUUAUUCACGUCCUCAUGAGAAUUGUUUAAAAAGUCGGUGGCUCUGCCUCGACGAGAGUUCUUUUGUUUUCUCUCGAUUCCAUUCGUAUACUACUUUCUAUUGCAUCACUCAUACAUAACAUAACCAUCCAUCUCAUAUAUAUCCAUCCAUCCUCUGGAUAUCCAGCCCCCCUCAUCUCUAUCAUAACAACUCUUGCAUUACACGUCCUUUUCCCCUCCACGCUAAGGGACAGCUUCAGCUCUCAAACACCAGAAAUUAUUGCCGAGCUUCCCGUUCUACCCCUCCACUGAACCUUCACGGCUGCGGCUUGCCGUCAUCGUCACUGUAGCUCUAACCAACUAAAACGAGCACAUCCAAAGACGCGCCACGCAUACCAAACACUUCACUGCACUAUACGAAAGCAAACAAGCAAGGAAAGGAAAAAUCGGCAGCUCCCGUUUUUCCCUUUUUGGCCUACUACAUUGCACUACAUUAGACUUUGUGUGUGAUAUCUACUGCCUAUAUCAAGAGCUACCCCUCUUCCCCCAACUCUUUCAUCAUGAGUCUCGUACAACAUUCUUCAAGUGAGGCUGCCUCACCUGUUCCCAUCAUCGAGACAGACGACCAAGGAAGACCCGUGAAAUCAACAAGUACAAACGGUUACUUCCCCUCCUCCAGCGGCCAACAUCUUCCUUCUUCUGCCAACGGAACUGUUACUCCUUCGUUCAUCGACAACAUGUCCCAUCUCUCUGUUGUCCGUGCGAGAGACGACUCUGACGCUGCGUCUGUCCGCUCCACGAGCUCUCGCACCUCGAGAAAGCCCCAGAUGCAGCUUGCGAGCUAUCAGGAUGAGUUCACCACCAGCGUCUACGGCUCUCGCUUUGCGGGCAUGGAUCUCCCCAGGCAUCAUAUGCCAGAGAAUGAGAUGCCCCGCGACAUUGCGUAUCGCAUGAUCAAGGAUGAUCUGAGUCUCGACAACAACCCCAUGCUCAACUUGGCGUCUUUUGUUACUACUUACAUGGAAGAUGAAGCCGAAAAGCUCAUGGCUGAGUCCUUCUCCAAGAACUUCAUCGAUUACGAAGAGUACCCUCAAUCCGCCGACAUUCAGAACCGCUGUGUCAACAUGAUCGGCGAUCUUUUCCACGCGCCUCCCGGCGAAUCAGUCGGUACAUCCACUGUUGGUUCAUCAGAAGCUAUUAUGCUCGCUGUCCUGGCCAUGAAGAAGCGCUGGAAGAACCGCAGGCAAGCUGAGGGAAAGAGCACCGAGCACCCCAACAUCGUCAUGUCAUCUGCUGUGCAGGUCUGUUGGGAAAAGGCCACUCGUUAUUUCGAGAUUGACGAGAAGCUCGUCUACUGCACUCCUGAUCGAUUCGUCAUGGAUCCUGAUGAGGCUGUUGAUCUGUGUGACGAGAAUACCAUUGGCAUGUGUGCUAUUCUCGGAACUACUUACACUGGCGAGUACGAGGAUAUCAAGGCCAUCAACGAUCUCCUCGUUGAGCGAAACCUUGAUGUUCCUAUUCACGUCGAUGCUGCCAGUGGCGGUUUUGUCGCUCCAUUCGUGGUCCCCGACCUAGAAUGGGAUUUCCGAUGUGAAAAGGUUGUUUCCAUCAACGUUUCAGGUCAUAAGUACGGUCUUGUGUACCCUGGUGUUGGUUGGGUCAUCUGGCGAUCUCCCGAGUAUCUUCCUCAAGAGCUCGUCUUCAACAUCAACUACCUCGGAGCUGACCAAUCCUCUUUCACCCUCAACUUCUCCAAGGGUGCAUCACAGGUCAUUGGCCAAUACUACCAGCUCAUCCGUCUCGGAAAGCAUGGUUACCGUGCUAUCAUGAGUAACCUUACCCGUACUGCCGACUACCUGACAGAAACCCUGGAGAACCUGGGUUUCGUCAUCAUGUCAGAACGAUCUGGAGCUGGUCUCCCCCUCGUUGCCUUCCGAUUCAAGACUGUUGAAGAGGGCGGUGAUCCUGAUCGCUACUACGAUGAGUUUGCUCUCGCCCACCACCUCCGAUCUCGAGGUUGGGUCGUCCCCGCUUACACCAUGGCUCCCAACUCUGGUGUCAAGAUGUUGCGUGUUGUUGUCCGAGAGGACUUUACAAAGAGUCGAUGUGACCAGCUUAUCUGUGAUGUCAAGCUGUGCCACGGUCUUCUCAAGGAGACGGAUCAGGAGUCUAUCAAGAAGCGUGAAGAGUACAUCAGGAAUCAUAUUUCUGCCAUGGGUCGUGGAAAGCAUGCCCACCCUGUUUACAAGGGCGAGUCGCAUUCUCUCCAGGGCAAGACUGGCAAGACACAUGCUAUUUGCUAGAUUUACAUAGACGGAUAUACGAUAUAGGAUACCGGGGAUGUUUGGCGUUGAGCGUGUCACGAUGUGCGUUUUGUAUACGGACACAGGCCAUCAAUUGACUUGAAUUUAAUCUUCAUUCUGAAAUGUUUGUCCACAUAGCUUUGUGAUUUCCACUCGUAACAUGGUUACAUCUCAUCUAACUCAGUGUUAGGUCCGAUGACUCAAUUGGCCCCUUUAUUCAUAUCCAUAAUUGACAUUCGUCUCAUCAUAUUAAUGGCAAUCGCAAAACGUAAAUCAGUAUAUGGUAUCUAGCCUUUUGUCUAGUCUCGCUCUCAUCUUAACAUCAAACACUUUUAACCAGUAAUCAUAAAACACCAACUCUAUCUCUAUCGAGUAGCAGCAAUAGCGGCCUCCACAAUAUCCAACCCCUGGUUGAUCUCCUCAUCCGUAACAGUCAGGCUCGGCACAAAUCGCAAUGUGUUGACGCCAGCACUAAUGAUGAGCAAGCCUCGCUCACGGGCAGCCUUGAUAAUGGCUGUAGGAUCCUCAGACAACUGCAGACCCAAGAUCAGACCUCGCCCACGGACCUCUGUGACAAGAUCGGGAUAUUGGCUCUGGAGCUUGGUGAAGCGCUUCUUGAAGAUCUCGGACUUGGCGCGAACGUCGGCUUGGAGUUGCUUGUCGGAGAGACGGCCGACAAUGUAGUGCGCCAGACGGCAGGCAAGAGGAUUUCCGCCAAAGGUGGUACCGUGGUCACCGACCUUCAUCUUAUCAGACACAUCCUGCGUAACAAGCACAGCACCAAUUGGGAAACCAUUUCCGAGAGCCUUGGCUGUUGUGAGGACAUCGGGAUGAGCCUCCUUGGGCAAGUUACCGUGAGCCCAGAGAGUUCCUGUUCGGCCGAGACCAGACUGAAUCUCGUCGUAGAUAAGAACAGCACCAACCUCACGGCAUCGCUUCGCAAGCGCAACAAGGAACUCCUCAGUCGCAGGAGUAACACCACCCUCACCCUGAAUAGGCUCAACAAUAACACCGCAUGUCUUCUCAGUGACCAAAUCAUUGAUCCCAGAAACAUCGUUGUAGUUUCCCGUCUUAAAGCCAGGGACCAUGGGCGAAAAGGGCUUUUGGUACUUGGGGUUCGGUGUCGCGGACAAGCUGCCCAUAGUUCGGCCGUGGAAACCAUUGUUGAACGAGACGAUCUCGACCUUCUCGCCUGAGGGAUCGACGACCUUUCCGGCUUUGCGGGCGAACUUGAUAGCGGCCUCGUUGGCUUCGGAACCGGAGUUGCAGACGAAGACUGAGGCGGCGUUGUGCAUGGCACCUGAUUCGAGGGUUUUUUCGACGAGGAGCUUGGAGAGGGCGCCCGUCCACGGGUUGUAAUAGAGAUUGGAGGCGUGAACGAGAGUUUGGGCCUACCAUUGACCGUUAGCAACUCAAGUUCCACCAUCUAAACUAUAGUUUUCUUACCUGCUCGUUCAAGAUUCGAGUAAACUCAGGAUCGCAAUGACCGAGGCCAUUGACAGCGAUACCGGCUGUAAAGUCCAAGAACUUUCGGUCCUCAGCAUCCCACAGCCACGAGCCCUUCCCCUUGACAAACACAGGCGGAGGACGAGCAUAUGUGGCAACCAUAUAAGGCGCAUGCUCGUUCACAAUGGCAGCGCUCUUGGAAUCAGACGCGACGUCGGCGUUCGGUAGCGAAGCGAAACCUCGGCGGACGAUCCAAGGACGGGCGACGGCAGCGCAGGACGCCAAUCGAGCUCGGAGGGGAAGUCGCAUAGCCAUUGCGAUUGUGUAUUAUUAAAUAAGAAGAAGAUGGGGGGAAAAGAGAGGAAAUGCAAAGGUGAAGUGAGUGUAAUUGGGUUUGGAGGGGAAAGAGAGAGAGAAUAUUUGUGAUUCUUAUCUUAUCAAUCGCCUCCGCUAUCGCAGUUGGACUUUGACACUAAAAACUUUAUUCGAGUCACUUGCCUGCCAAAAAAGGAUCCAAUAUGGAGACGUUUUGACUCAAUCAAUGGAAUCAUUUAAUCCUUGUUAAUUUACGAUGAAUUUAUAUUGAGA